AUGAGUUGUAACAGUCACAGUCACAGUCACAGUAACAGUAACAGUAACAAUAACAGUAAUCGUAACAGUAACAUUAACAGUAAUAAUAAUAAUGUCAAAUACAUUCCACAAAUGCAUGCACAAACCACUAAAACACACACAAAUACAAAAUCACUUUGUAAUUCACAUUAUUACUCCACUGAUGCGUUGCAUUAUGAUGAUCACGAUGAUGUUUCAUUUGUGGGCGCUGAUGAUGAGUUUGUGGUACGUGGCUACUAUGAUGAUCCGACAAUUGGUAAUUGCAUUAAUUCGAAUCUCUCCACAUUUUUAAGCACUUACACAAAAACACCUACCAAAUUGUAUCAUAGUCCACGCAAGCAGACACUAUCCACACGUGCCAAUUCCGUAAGUGACUUGAAUUGUAGUUUUUCAACUGUGGCUACAGCGGAUGAACUUAAUUUUCCUUUCGCCACACCGAAUGUCACAAAUACUAGCAUAACUAAUACCGCGCCUACGUCAUUGUUACAUCAAUCGAUAAGCGGUUCCGCUAUUGCCACUGACGCAAUAUCCAUGCCAGUCGAAGCUGAAGAAGUGGACUAUGUGUUUACAUCACGCUUUCGCCACUCGACACCCAUGUCACAGCGACGGCGCUUGGGUGGCACUAAUCGUCAGCGUUUGCGCUCUGAUUCCUCUUCAGCUUCACAUUAUCAGUCAUUAAAUUCCACAUUACAGGCACAUAACAGAUCCACUGGCGGCAAUGUUAGCGGCAGUAAUGGCGGUCGUCAUAAUGCCAGCACAAGCAACAGCGGAAGUAAUAAUUUUGUCACCGUUAUUUUCAAUGUUUUAGAUUUUCUGUUCUAA